AUGGCGGGGACACCGCACGAUUCGGGACAAUCAGCACAUCCACCUUGGGACAACUCGGCGGUUCCAGGGACAAACAGGCAGCCAGCUGCGGAAGGCUUUCCGGAAGGUGCAGGUAUCGACGAUGGAGUUGCUGCCAAUGACAAUAACAGCUCGGGGCCGCAACUUCCCGGCCUGGCACCACUCACACGCCCAAAUCCGGUGCCUGGUUCUUUCCGCCAGGCUCCUCCCGGCCCAGAUGCAACUGCCCUCAUUCCGGUCUUUUCGCCGGCUCCAGGGCAUACCAUCGGCACCUCAUCUUUCCAGAGCGACGAGGAGCGACGUUACCCAAGUUUUACCUCGCAGGGACAGGCUAGCGGACGUCUGCAGGAGCAUUUGAGGCCUGUCUCUGCAGAUCAUGACCGAAGCUCUGUUGGGCUCACUGAUCAGCGAAUCGUUGCCGACUACGGGGACUACCAGGCACCAGUAACCCUCUACGAGAUCGUGCCUAUGACUACCGGGUGUUAUUACGCACAAGCCUGGCUUGAUAACAACACUUCCGACCAUCCCCCUUCGCCAACGCUGCUCUCACAAUAUGGCUCGGUACAAAACAUUGAGUACCGCUUCUACCACAGCACGCAAGGCUUCAUCCACUCUGGUAACGCCCUCUCCCUCCUCGUCCUGCACAACGCAACCGACCCUUGGGCGCAUACCACCCUCCAGAGGGAAAGCACCACGACCAUUGGGACGUACGGCUACCACUGCUUCGAGGACGACUGGAUUCACUGGGUUACCUUCACCCCGAGUGUGGAGACGUGGUUAAAGACGAUGGAGAAGGAGGGGUACAUCAAGAAGGUUAGGGAGUGGAGCAAGGAUAUGCAGCCCAGGGAGAAGAGAUUCCAUAAAGCAUAUUGGAUGGCUGCUAAUCGGAGGGAGUUGGGUGGAUUGCUGAGAAGGGCGCCUGUCACUGGCGCCACGGACCCGAAUGCCGUGGACUAUGAUUUGUUUCCUGGCGUGUAA